AUGACGCAAUGGCAAAACAUGGUGAACAUUGGCAGGUUCAGCACGAAAACUAUGUACUUGAGUCUUGUGCAGCACUUGCCUAAAGUUAUGUGGAAGGAUCUGGUGUGUGGGAACAGAGCGAGACCGCGGACAGUUUUCAUUCUUUGGUUGGCUUGUAACAAUCGGCUGGCAACAAAGGAUAGACUGGCAAAGUUUGGGCGUAUCGUGGACUGUGAGUGUGCGUUUUGCAGCAGCGGGGAAUCAGUUGAGCACUUGUUCUUUUGCUGCAAUUACACUAAGGGGAUUUGGGAGGAGGUUCUUAAGUGGCUGAAAGUCAGACACGCGCCUCUUGGCUGGAAGGAGGAGGUUACGUGGCUGGUGAAGAUUUGCAAGAGCAAGAAUUGCCGUGCGCAAAUUAUGAAGAUGGCAAUUGCGGAGACGAUAUAUGAGAUAUGGUGGGAUAGAAACAUGAUUGUGCAUAAUAGAGAAAACAGGGAUAGAAAUAUUUCAAAGAAAGUCAUAGAUAACAUAGUUUAUAGAAUGUGGGGUUAUCCUAAGUAUAGAGGUCUAAUAGCUCAAAUGUUGAUGCCAUAA